CGUCUUCGCCGAACUAGUGAAUCCCAAAACCCUAAUCGUCUCUGAAACCCUCAUCGUAGAUCUUGGUCCUCUUCGCCUCCAGCCAUGGCGUCCGGCGAUCAAGAGGCCGGAGCCUCAACUUCUAUGGAUGUUGAAUCGAGUGGAGCUGAGGCGGCUCCUGCUCGGCCCCUGUUCCCGGCGCUGAAGCCGCAAGAGAUGUUCGACGGGAAAGUUCAGUUUCGCAAGGUGCCGGUGCCACCGCACCGCUUCUCUCCGCUGAAGCGGUGCUGGAUGGAGAUCUACACUCCUGUGUACGAUCAGAUGAAGAUAGAUAUCCGUAUGAACCUCAAGGCUCGGAGAGUUGAACUGAAGACGAGAAAGGACACACCAGAUUUGAGUAAUCUCCAGAAAUGCGCUGACUUUGUCCACGCUUUCAUGUUGGGAUUUGAUGUGGUAGACGCUUUGGCCCUCCUCCGUCUUGAUGAUCUGUUUGUUGACUCCUUUGAGAUUAAGGAUGUGAAAAUGUUGCGCGGGGAGCACCUUUCUCGUGCCAUUGGCCGUCUUUCAGGUAAAGGAGGCAAAACAAAGUUUGCCAUUGAAAACUCGACAAGAACUCGGAUUGUCAUCGCUGAUACAAAGAUUCACAUACUGGGAUCAUUUAUCAACAUCAAGGUAGCCAGGGAUUCCCUUUGCAGUCUUAUUUUGGGAUCCCCUGCAGGUAAAGUGUAUUCUAAACUUCGAGCAGUCACUGCAAGAUUAGCAGAAAGGUAUUAAAGCCAUUCAAAUUUUCAUGCAUAUCAAUUUUUAUUGGAAAUUUUUGUUGAUUAUGAGGAAGAUUUCAAUAACUGCCAAAAUUGAUUUGUUUUUUUAAGUUUGUGUUUUUGUUUUGUUUUGUUUUUUUUUGUUUGUUUGUUGCUCUUGUGUUUAAGCCUAGUUUCAUCAUGUUGUGUUCAUUGAAAAUUAUGGAUUUUUUUAAACUAAUUGGGAUGCUAAUGUCUAAUAAUUUUUCCUUUUUUUU